GCCGAAACGUCAGCUUAAUCGUGAACAAAGAAUAGUAACACCUCGCGUUUGCUCAACAAAAAUACGAAGAAAAUCACUUAUAUAUAUAUAUAUAUAUGUACUGUACUGUUUUGUUCCUCAGGUCAAACUGAACCCAGAAUCAACGACUGCAGUAAGGUCGAAGAGAACACUGAAGUAUAUCAAGAAGUAUCAGGCACCUUUGAAGCAGUAUCUCUCCAGCGUUCUAACGUUCGUGAACGAAGUUCAAACCUCAGAUAUCACUGUCACGACGCUUAAAGCAAUACUUCGCAUCGUUGACCUCUAUGCGCUCUUCAGAAGAAUAACAAAGAAGUUGUCCAAGGUUCUAGUUCGCAUUUGGUCACGGAAUACCUUGGACUGUCGCGUGGGUGCUUACGUAUGCAUGACGAAACUGGUUAAAAAUCAUCCGGAACAUUUUGUUGUUUUGUACAAGUGUUGUUAUCUGGGAUUCGUCUCAAACUCUCGUGUGGUCACGAAUACAACUUGGCCUCUUCUUCAUUUUGCACACAGGACAUUCGCUGAAUUAACGGUUCUGCAUCCGAAUUUGGCAUAUCCCUAUGCAUUUGUUUAUAUCCGACAGAUUGCAAUACAUUUAAGGAACGCGACAAUUUCCAAAAAACGAAAGGAUAUGGUCCAAACAGUGUAUAACUGGCAAGUGAUGCAAUGUCUAUAUCUAUGGACUCGAGUUGUUUCAAAGGCGCAUUCUGUUAACGACUGCGAAGCAAUUUCUGAGCUCACUUAUCCUCUGAUACAGGUUAUCUAUGGGAUUUUAAAAUUGUACCAAUCUCUUCGUUAUAUCCCACUACGCCUUCAUUGUAUCUCACUUCUCAUUCAACUGCAGGCUAAUUGCGGGGUUUAUCUUAUGAGCGAUGUAGAGCUCAUUCUGACAAGGAAGCCGAAAACAUUAAAGAGUGUAAAAGUACUGGAUAUAGACUUUCUAGAAUUGCUGGAAUUCAAAAUUUGGAGCUUCACUUCUGUGGAUGUGUACGCUUCAGAUUUUCUACGAAAUAAAUUGCAGGUACGAAAUCUCUUACGUAGGAUCCGUUCAGGCGAAUUUGUCAGAUGUUUCCGGGCACUGUUAGAAAAGCUGGAAGAGCAUGCAAAAUAUAUAGCAAAUAUUUUGCUCAUGAGAGAAUUCAGCCUCAAGGACGAUAUGCAGAUUCUGGCCUUAAAAUCCAGUCUCAGUGAUCCAAACUCACCCUUCCGUAUAUAUUACCGGCAGUGGGAGAACGUGUGGCGCAUCAGGCAGGGAACCCGAGGGCCAACUACGAAGGUAAUAAGCAUGAAUCCUAAGAUCCAUAAGCCAGCGAUAACACCAAGAGUUCAAAAAGAUGAAACUAUUCCUGAUGAAUUUGGUGAUCUUGGAAACUGGAGCGAUAGCGACUGA